AUGAGAUGUUCAGUAGACCAGCGGGCGUCCAUUGAUACCAACGGACUCUCCAGCGUGGCCCGUUUUGACUUUGAGGCCUUCCGCUUCGUUCAGCACCAGGACCAGGCCAAGUCCAGCAUCUACUUGCACUGCAUCCUCAGACUCUGCGAGCCCACCAAAUGCCAAGAACUGCUGGACGCUUGUGGCAACAGAAAAAAAAGGUCCUUGGCUCCUUUUGGACAAGAGGGCAGCGACUCUGCCACCGUUUCCGUCGGACCUCUAUACACCACCGGAGAAGACAGGCCCGUCGCCGCUUCCUACAGUACGAGUGACACCGCGGCGUCAGAGGAGCGCGACACGGACGUGACCGGCCUGGUGGUCGGCGUGGUGUUCGGCACGGCCGCCUCCGCUCUGCUGGUCCUUGGCGGCUGGUUUGUGCUGAAGAAGUUUUAUUUGGCGGGACCUCGGUCCUUCAACUGAGGCUUUGUAAACACUACCUAAACUUUCAUGGGUAUUUUCAGUGCAGACACACUAAAACAUGGAUUUACGUACUUUUGUGUGUUCAUGUAGCAAUUUGUUUAAUAAAAAAACACAAUUUUUCCUUUACAAUUGAACUGAUAGCUGUGCUUGCCACUUAUAUAUUGUUGUCUUACACUUUUUAGUCUCAUUUGCAAGUUUGUCCUUUGUGUGUUGCCAUAAUUUCAAAGUAAAAGAAUGAAAACGAAGAAGAAUGGACCUUAUUGUCAUUACAGAUUAAGGACUCCAGUUUAAGGUGCAGUAGUGGAAACAAAUAUGGGGUAAAAAUAAAAAAGACAACUGACAUAAACAGACUACUAUCCAAGUAGUCUUUCCCGUUAAGUUGCAAGUACCAGUCCUGUGUUUUUGUUGAGUGUUUAAAUAGUGAGUCUUAUUCUGCGUUGUGUAGUUUUUUAAAAAAUAAAAGACAC